UUGAAGCUUUCGUGCAGGCAAUUAUCCAAAUUUAGUAAGAAAAAGAUUUUUUGUUUUGAUUUUCAAGUAAAUAUUGUUGACAAGUUGACUUCCGAUUGGUUUAUUCUUCAGGUUUUUUUUUAUUGUGUGCAUUGAGAAUUGCCUGGUAAUAUCAUCAUGAGUUAUCGAGAUGAUAUCGGAGCAUCUCAACGUAAAAGAUCGAAAACAGACAAGCGCGUUAAGGAUUCGAGAGAAAGAGAUCGUGAUAAAUAUGAAUUUACAUAUCUUGACCAUAAGCAUACACUUGAAAAAAUAAUCCAUGGAUACCACCCUUAUGAUAGACUUAUUGAAGAUCUACCCGAUUUCUGGAAAUUCGUGAAAAAAUAUGAGAUAAUGACAAAGAAGGCAGGCAAAACUUUCCCAAAAGAACCUACAAAAGAUUCUGGCAUUGGAGAAAUCAAACGCAAUUGCAUGUUCAUCAAAAUAGAUCCCGAACUACGUCGCAGUCAUGAAAAUCUAGUCUACUUCGACAAACGUUCCGACCUAACAAAAUACCGUAUCGAAAUGUUUUACGAUAUCAUAGCCGUUUACUUGGAUUUCAAACAGAAAGAAAAAUUCAAUAAAUUGGAAAAGCUUCGUCAAUGCCAAAAAUCGCUUCCUGUUUACAAAUUCAAGAAUGAGAUUUUAGAAUUGGUGGAGCAGAAUCAAAUCACGAUAAUAGCUGGUGACACAGGAUGUGGGAAGUCGACACAGAUUCCGCAGUAUUUGUACUAUCGUGGUUUCAAAAAUAUUGUUUGCACUCAACCGCGUAGAUUGGCAUGUAUUGCUCUGUCGAAGCGAGUUGCCCAUGAAAUGUUAAGCGAGUAUGAUACCAAGGUUGGAUACCAAAUACGUUUCGAAAAACACAAAAAUAAGGACACAGAUAUUUGUUUCAUAACAGAAGGAUUACUCUUGAGACAGCUUACCGCAAAUGAACAACUAGAUCAAUAUAACGUCAUAAUCUUGGACGAAAUCCAUGAAAGAAAUCUACAUGGCGACUUUUUGCUUGGUGUAGCUAAAUGUUUGCUCAGAGCGAGAAGUGAUUUGAAAUUGAUUCUCAUGUCUGCAACAAUUAAUGUUGGUUUAUUCACGAAAUUUUUCGAAGAAGAAAAAACAGCUUUGAUUGAAGUACCGGGCCGGCUAUACCCCAUCAAAACAUACUAUAUGCCAAUUAUUCGAACUGAUUUCCAAUCUAAAUCGCGAGCCAAAGAUGAACGUCUGAAUCCUGAACCUUACAUACAAAUAAUGAAUUUAGUAGACCAGAAAUAUCCCAUAAACGAAAAAGGAGAUAUGCUGAUCUUCGUUAGUGGAGUCAAUGAGAUUGAGACGGUAAUGGAUGCAGCCAAAGAAUACGCAGAAAAACAAAACCAUUGGAUUAUAUUGCCGUUACACAGCGGUUUGUCAUUAGCUGAUCAGGAUAAGGUUUUCGACUAUGCUCCAGACGGAAUGCGAAAGUGUAUCGUUUCUACGAAUAUUGCUGAAACUUCUGUGACUGUAGAUGGCGUUCGUUUUGUUGUAGACUCAGGAAAGAUGAAGGAAAUGAUAUACGACUCAUCAUGUAAGUUGCAACGACUGAAAGAGUUUUGGGUAUCGAAAUCAUCAGCAGAACAGCGCAAAGGUCGUGCAGGUCGUACUGGGCCCGGGAUCUGUUAUCGUAUUUACUCACAAAAAGAUUUCGAUGAGUUCAAUUCCUAUUCGACUCCAGAAAUUUGCAGAGUUCCCUUAGAUUCAAUGCUUCUCCAAAUGGUGGCGAUGGGAUUACCGAAUGUUAGACUUUUCCCGUUUAUAGAAGCGCCUUCAAAAGAAAAUCUGGAACAAGCUAUUUUAUCUUUGAAGCAGCAUGGAGCUAUUGGGCCAGAUGAAAAAAUAACAACUCUUGGAAAAUCAUUGUCUAUGCUUCCUGUGGAUAUUUCGAUAGGGAAAAUGUUAUUAAUGGGGUGUGUGUUCGAGGAACUACAACGUGUGUUAACACUUGCCGCAGCUUUGAGCAUCCAGUCACCAUUCACAAACCGGGCUUUCAGAGAUCAAAAGUGUGAACUAGCCAGGCGAGCGCUACAGUCUGACCAAGGCGAUCCAUUAACUCUACUAAACACCUUUAAAGAAUGGUUAGAGCAAAAAUGGCGAAGAAAUGAGAACACUAGGAAGUGGUGUCACCAAAUAGGCAUUGAGGAACAAAGGUUCUAUGAACUCUCGAAACUACGAAAUCAGUUUGAAAAUAUCUUGAAAAGUUGCAAUAUUCUACCGCAAACCGAUGAUGAGAAUUUAUCGAGUGCUGAAAGAGCUGUGCGUAAUGGGGAAGUGCGGACGUUGCGAGCAUUAAAACGUGAACAUAAAAUGAGUGCACCAAAUAAACGAAAAGUAAUUAGACAGAAGGAUUUAGACCGCGAAGAAGAUUUUGAUGAGCCAGGAAGGGAUAUACGAGAUGUCGAGUUUAGGUUGAGCAAUGAUAGCAGAAAGUUGGACAAUUUAAUUAGGUCUGCCUCAGCCACUAGUCACAGGGAGGUGCUAGUAUUAAAGUUGAUAUUAGUAAGCGGAUUGUACCCUCAAAUUGCAAUGCCUGAUGAAUUCAAUUACUGCAAGAGCGGAAGUCAACAAUUCUUCCAUACCUUUCUCAAACCGUUUGUUUCGUUGCAUCCUAAUGGUCAAUUUGCAAAUAUGACUGAGAUAUUGAAAUUGGCGGACAGUGAUAUCGUUGAUAGACCACCGUAUUAUACUUCUAAAUCGCCUCUUAGUUCUGCCCAUCAAAUUUUAUGCUACCAAAACUUAUUGGAGACAACUAAGCCGUAUUUAUUGAACGUAAUCCGAAUGCCAGCUGCACAAACGUUACUUUUAUUUUCACUUGCUAUCGACACCAAUCUCACGGUUUCGAAGAUAGUUUGUGAUUCUUGGCUAUGUUUGGAAUUUCCCUUUGCUGAACAAGGGUUGCAUAUGUUGGAUAAGGCGGUUUAUAUACGAAGUUUGUGGUAUAAAAUGCUUGCGGAUAAAUUAAGUGAACCUUUGAGUGGAGAUUCUGUGAAAUCUGAAGGGAAGAAGAAUGCAAGUGCAUCCCGAAGAGAGCAAUCAAAAUUCAUGGACGAAUUGGCGAUGUUUAUGAAAGCGAAUGUUUGCUAUACAUUGAAAAGGCUACUGCCUGCGGAUUUGAAGGAAAUAUACACGCAAUAUUCUCCUGAAGAAUCUAAAUUGCCUUUCAAUCCGUUCAUUGAAUCAUAUGAAAUGACUCCGAAUACCUCGAAGGGAGGAUAUAAUGUGACGGACAACGUUGUUUAUGGUUGUUUGCGGGAGACACCUUGGAGUAUAGCAUUACAGGAUGAACUUUUGAAAAUGGAGUGGGUUUGCGAAAAUUGUGGGACAGCAGUGGAGUUAACUGGGCUGUCAAAGAUGUUACAUAGAAAAAAAUGUGUAAAGCCAGAGAAACAUAUUGAACCAGAAGAAGAAGUUAAAGUGAAAAGCAGCGCAGGCAGCUCCGCUAACUUGAAAAAAUAUAAUUGUGAAUCGUGUGGUGAAAGUUUCUGUAUGACUAGCAUAGAAAUUCUAAAGCACAAACGAUCUUGUAAGAAGUAAAGUGAAGUUUGGUAUGAAAUGUUGUAUUUAUUA